AUGUUAAAAAAACGACACAAACAUCAAGCCAUGAAAGCUUCUGUCUGCUGGCGGUUUUUGAAAAGUGGUGCAUGGGAAAUAAAAAGUAAUGUUGCCGCAGAUUUGAAAACUUUUCAAACAGCGAUUUACAUGGAAAAGUUCCCUCGACUGACUGACUUGCCAGAUGCUGAACAAACAAAACAUAACAACGAAUGGACCAUGUGA